AUGCGACUGAAUAUCCAUACAGCUAGUGGUAAACACCACGCCGUCAUUAAUAAUGAACUCACCCCAAGGAAAUGGAAUACUAAAGAGGCUAAACACUAUAGUGAAAAUAUAAACAAAGAAACAGUCAACGACAUAAACGUAAUAUUAAAUGAACUGUGUGAACACUUCUCGAAAGAAAAGCUGAAUGGUGCAGUGGAGCGUAUUGGGACCCUAUUUGUUGACACCGCAGCCGACACUUUCGGUUACACGCAAGCCCGCGUCAGAGCCAGACACAAGCGUGAAAAUACCCAUGACCCAUGCGAAGUCUCUGUGAAGCUCUUCAUCAACAGUUUUGACUCAGUGAGCGAAACACAAAUGGAGUUCACAACAAACAUCAUCAUUGACCAAAGAUGGCGGGAUCGUCGUCUGCAAUUUUUGCGACUGAUAGACGCGCAAUAUUUGGAGUUGGACACGAAGCUGAUGGACCGAGUGUGGGUACCUGAUCUAUUUAUAGUCAACGAGAAGCGGUCUUCGUUUCACGACGUAACUGUUCCCAACAAAAUGAUGCAUAUCUACACCAAUGGCAGUAUCGUUUACAAAGUACGGGUCUCCAUCACUGCAUCGUGCUACAUGGAUUUACGGAAAUACCCGAUGGAUAAACAGGUCUGCUCCCUUCAUAUUCAAAGCUUUGCCUAUACGAUGUACAACGUUGUGUUCAAGUGGGGUGCUAGUCCAGUACAGCAUAACCACAAUAACAAAUUACCGCAGUUUGAACUCGUCAAAAUUGAACUACCCGAAUGUACACAAAUAAGCGAUGGUAAUUUUACGUGCCUGUCCGUGAACUUUGUUCUUGAACGCAGCAUCGGUUUUUAUCUCCUGUACAUGUACGUGCCUAGCGGUCUGAUUGUGACCAUCUCGUGGGUGUCUCACUGGCUUAAUCAGGACGCCGUCCCCGCGAGGACGUCCCUCGGGAUCCUCACUGUCCUCACCAUGACAACGCAGAGCUCAUCAACCACGGUAUCGCUGCCGAAAGUCAGCUACAUCAAGGCCAUCGACGUCUGGAUGGCUACGUGCAUGACGUUUGUUGUCGCGGCGUUCCUGGAAUACGCCUUCGUCAAUGUGAUACUGAGGAAAGAAGUCAAAAAGGAAACGGCCAACAAAUUGGUGGCUGUGAUCCGCAACAAGCGCGCCAAUAACUAUGACGGGUUUGGAGCAACUUGUAAAAUAGUAGAAACAAAGUGUCCAAAAUGUCACUACAAGCCUUCAUCAAGCGAUUAUGUGGAAGACCCUGUGGGCAAACAUCGAGCGUGGUACAUCGACAAAAUCUCCAGAAUUGUUUUCCCAUUGUCGUUCUUGUUUUUCAAUAUUAUUUAUUGGUUAUAUUACUGUUUGUAGUGUCGACAGUUAUAUCGUUAAUCGUGUAUUAUAUUAUUAGGCACAGGCAUCCAUCGGAUUUCGAAGUGCCCCAAAAGUACAAUGUUUAAUGGACGAAUACAAUUCAGCGAAUU